UUGAGUCUGGCUUCGUUUCGUGAGUUUCUCCAGCUGUCAACCAACACCGGUUUCUUAAACCCAGUUUGAGCAUUCAAGUUUUUGAAUCUAUUUUAAUACUCUUAUGGUUAACUUGAAGAGCUCAUUGGCAAUGAAUGUCACUUGUGGCUGGUUAACUUUCUUAAUUGCCAAGUGAAGAAGCGACAGUUUCAGUCUGUGCGUUUGAUUAGUCAGUCCAAAGAUUCCGGACUGUUGACGUAACUCCUGUAUUAUUUAUUUUACCAUAUUGGACAUUUUUUUAAACAAAAAUGAGGCAACGUGACGAGAAAGCCACCCGUGAUAGAACGAUUACAAAAUUUCCAGAGGUUUAUAACAUUCAAGCCACACCAUACAAAGAACAAAGUUUUCAUACGUUAGUGAAGAAUGCAUGUGCUGCUAAUAAAACAGGAACAGUAGGGUUGAAGAUAUCAAAAUGUAUUGUAAUAGGUGACGUAUCUGUAGGAAAGACAUGUUUAGUUAACAGAUUCUGCCAUGAGGUUUUUAAUAGGGAUUAUAAAGCUACUAUUGGUGUAGAUUUUGAAGUUGAGAGAUUUGAUAUUCUCAAUGUUCCAUUCAAUUUACAAAUAUGGGACACUGCUGGUCAGGAGAGAUUUAAAUGUAUAGCAUCAGCUUAUUACAGAGGUGCUCAUGUAAUUAUCGUAGUAUUUGACCUCUCGGAUUUGUCAUCAUUGGAUCGGACGUCACAGUGGCUGGAGGAUGCUACCAUAGAAACCAAUAAUGAAGAUGCAUUAGUGUUUUUAGUUGGAACCAAAAAAGACUUGUGUUCACAAUCCAGGUUUGAUGACAUUGAAAAUAUAGCUAUUGCCAAAGCGAAUGAACUCAGCGCUGAGUACUGGUCUGUGUCCUCAAAAACAGGUGAGAAUGUCCCUGAGUUUUUCAACCGAUUAGCAGCAAUGACGUUUAACAACGCUGUGUUGGCAGAAGUUGAUGAGUCUAGGCAACCUAUGAUGUCGAAAAUUGGAGGAGAUGGAAAACUAAUAAAAGUUCCUAAACCAACUAAUCUGACAGGCUCUAUAGAUCUGACAGACACUGGCUUCUACCAAAGAAAAAAGAGCACUAAUUGUUGUUAGCUCAAUUUAUAUAUAUAUAUAUGGCUGUAGGACAUAACAGCAGACAUGAAUCAACCUGCCAUAUGUGAAGUGCCAAUGCAGUCAUCAAUGUCGACCUGUGCACAGGCUUACUGGACACAAUUCACUAUCAAUCUCAAAGUUACAAAACAGAACCAAAUUUCAGCAUUAUAUAUGGUACUGUUAUAUUUAUCAAUAUGUUCACUGUAUUUAUAAUGGUAGGAGAUUUACAACUCAAUGUAGUUUUUAUUAAUACCUACUUUUAUUAGAUGAUUGUUUCCAUCUAUAUUUCUAUCUUGGUAUUAUUCAAUUUAAUG